ACAUGAAAAUGAUAUGCUCAAUCACUCAACGAAGAUGCGCGGCUUACGCAUAUCCAGGAGCAUCUAAGAUGCGAUGGUACUUUGUUAAACCUUAUGUGCGAUGGGAUCCAGAUAGCCUGUUGCAUUACCCAGAAGUGUCACAUGUAGACGGUACUAAAAUAGAUUGGCUCUAUGGACAACCGAAAAGCAAAUACGAUGUUGUGGACAUAUAUGGACCAAAUACAAUAGAACUAAAAAAUCUGCCCAUGGGAAGAACGCCAGAAUACUUGCAAGAAAGAUUAAGGCGCUUCUUCUCAAAAUUCGGAAGCGUAAGCUUCUGCAGAUGUAUGCCACACGAGCUGGAUCCAUAUCAAUGUAAUGGAACGGGAUAUGUAACAUUCCGUAGCAAGGAAGCAUCAGUGGCAGCAGCAACAGCAAAUCUUGUGCUGCCAUACUCAUUACAUAGCAAAGUUAUCGCAAUAAGGCACCUAGAUACAGAUAAAACUAACGAUCCACACUAUGUUUAUAAACAUAGGCACUACAUAUCGCAGGUAGUGGACGUCGCAAAACAAGUGUACAAUAAGCUCACCAAAUAUGGACCCUGUCCAUUGUAUCAAGUUGCAAAUUCAAUAUACGAACGCAACUUCUACUCUGGUAAAUGGCACAAAGCAGGUUUAUCGAUACUCAUGCGCUUCGGGAGAUGGGAUGCUUUUCUAAAGCAUCCUUCACUCAACGGCAUGUUCGAAAUUAAGGAUGACAUCGUCACCUUAGGAUUACAGUCUGAUGAAACGUCUAUCAAGACAUUGAAAAAAUUGUAUAUACAGCAGUCUAUAGAAUUGGAUGCAGAAGUGUCCGUACACUGGCGUGAAGGACGUGUAGCAUUACCACCACAAGUACAAAAGGAGACGAAUGAACUUUAUCAUCUCACUCCAAUACCUGAGCAUUUACAACUGCUCUCGAAGAGUCAUACAAUGUACCGUAUUCACGAUGAACGGCAUAUGCUGAAGAUACAACUAAAGCAAGAACGGAAUGAAGCACGAAGGUUGGCAAGAGAAGCAAAGAAAAACAAUGCGGCUGUUCAGUCUAAAACAUAAAAUCUAACACUAAAAAUAGGACUA